GUAAGACUUGAAACUAUAUAUAUACACAGGGGCACAGCAUAUGAGAAAUCAGGAUUUGAGAUACCAAAGCUAUAUUCGUGAGAGGAUAAGCACAUGCUUGUUCAGAAUUAGUCGACCAUGACACACGGGUGUGGCAGUGUCUCGAGUGCCGGGGCGUCAUUCUCCGGAUUCAGCGCUGGGACGUCAACGUCAUUCAACAUUGCCGCGGCAACCAGCGUGCGACGCUCAGGCUCGUCCAGAUCCCAGGCCAACACGGACGACGACUGCACAGAAUGCUGUGCAUGCACGUGCGUACUUUGUUUCACGGGGUUGGGAUAUUUACUUUGCAUCAAAAAGAUGACGAAAACCAGCCGAAUUCAGCUGGCCUGGUUUUGGAUGAUCGUCAUGUCGGUCAGCCUGUCCUUGAUCGUGGGAUUGGGCAUAUACGGAGAGAAAUCCUUCCCGGCUGCCUUCACAGAUAUGCGCAUGCUCACGCAAGGUUUUUCCACGUUCAUGUGUAAUUCAGUCAAACUGACGUCAUCGCACCCCAUGAGCGUCUAUCUGAUGCCAGAAGUACCUCAAAUCGACACGUCCAUUCGGGAAACUUACAAUAUGAGUAGUAGUAUGUAUCUCUCAGGAGAAUCGUAUGAAUACUGGGGGUUUUACCUUCUGCAAGGAUCAAAGGUUACGGUGUACAGUUGCUCUAGUCGAACAGUGACUCUUUUGAUCAUUAAAAGCUUUGACAACCUGCAGACGUGGAAAAGGGACGAUUCCUGUUCGGACUGUGUGAUGAGCAGACAAGUUCUCAGCCUCACCGGCAACUGCGUGUUCUUUGACUUCGAUUACACUCGAUACGACUUGGACGUUUUCGACUCGGACGACUACUACUUUGUCUAUGUCACCAACGCCCUUUCUUCCCAUGUGUCCGCAAGGUUGUACGUCAACCGAACCCUUUACAACGUCACUUCCGCCAAAGAUCGCUGCAACUUUGGCUAUACCUGUUUCUUUGAGCUGUCUUACUUGUCACCGGAAGUUGUCGUGUAUCACAUCGGUACAGGCGUAAUAACAACGACCGUCGACAUGAAGACACACUGCUUACCACAAGUCGGUCUCUACAUCGCCUUCUUUCUCCUACCGGAGUUAGCCAUAGCCAUUUUGUUGACGAUCCUGAUCAGAAAAAAAUGUACAGAUCCAGUUGACGUCACCAUCAGGAGAGAACGUCGGAACGUGCAGCUGAGGAACGAAGGCCCACGAACACCGCUCUUGUCGCGCCGGGCUCCAGGAUCUGGGGUCGUUUCCGGGCAGCCUCGGUCAAGGGCAUCGCCUCUUUUGAACCCCUUAAGUGAGCAAACAGAACCCCCUCCAAAAUACGAGGAUGUUGAGCGACAGGGGCUAGGCCAGGGUCCACCUAGCUACGAGGAAUCCAUUAAAGUUCAUAAUAAAUAAUAAGUACUGGUAUUUAUCAUAGAUAAAUUUGAGCAACAAGCAAGCGAAAACCGGAUGUCAUCCUCAAAUAGUAAUAUCAGAAGAACG